CUCGCCAUUUUGCAGCAGCACCCAGCCAGCAGUCCAUAGGAGAGUCAAGGCGGCGUCACCAUCACCCAUCACACUCAUUUAUUACUCUUCAUACCGCGGAAUUAAAAAGAAGACACCAUGAGUCGCCGGAAGUUUGAUGAGAUGUCAGAUUAUGACUCCAGUCGAGAUAGAAAAAGGCGUCGUACUGAUGCCGUGGAAAUUGAGGAUCGACUGGAGUCCCUUAUUCUGCGCGUCGGAGAAAAGAGCACCUCGUCCCUGGAGAGCAACUUGGAGGGGUUGGCCAGUGUGCUGGAGGCUGACAUCAACAACUACAAGGGCAAGAUACUCAAGAUCCUGAGUGACUGUGCUGUCAAGAUGCCCGAGAAGACCACCAUCUACACCACCCUGGUCGGCCUCCUCAACGCCAAGAAUUACAAUUUUGGUGGAGAGUUCGUUGACAUGAUGGCCAAGAAGCUGAAGGAGGCACUGAAGGCGUGUAUGUGGAAGACCGCCCGCUACGUCCUGAGGUUCUUCUCCGACCUGGUCAACUGCCACGUGAUCUCCACCAACUCCCUCCUGCAGCUCCUCCACACCUUCCUGGACACCGCCCGAGAUGACAACUCCCCACAAGUUCGUAGCGACACGUAUGUCUACGCCGUACUCAGCUGUCUACCCUGGGUCGGCCGCGAGCUGUAUGAGAAGAAGGAACAGGACUUGGAACGUUUGCUCAAGCACAUCGAGAUUUACGUCAGAAAGCGCAGCCGGAAGCAUGUGCCAGGGCUUAGGGUGUGGCGCUCCGACCGUCCGCACCCGCAGGAAGAAUAUCUGGAUUGUCUCUGGGCUCAGAUCUGCAAGUUACGGUCAGACAUGUGGCAGGAGAAACACAUAGCCCGACCGUACGUGGCGUUUGACUCCAUCCUGUGUGAGGCCUUGCAGCACAACAUCCCGCCCCUCACCCUGCCCCCACACCACGCUGACAACACCUACCCAUUCCCCUGGGUCGUGUUCAGGUUGUUUGACUACACUGACUGCCCCGAGGGACCUGUACUGCCUGGUGCUCACUCCAUCGAGCGUUACUUGAUCGAGGAACACCUUCACAACAUUGUCAAGGAGUACCAUCUUGAGAGGAAGCAGUGUGCUGCCUUCUUACUGGACUUCCCCCUCAAGCACAAGAUCCCUCUAGAGUACAUGAUCGUGGAGGUGGUGUUGGCUGAGCUCUUCCACCUCCCCGGUCCACGGUACAUUGAGAUCUGUUACGGCUCUCUCCUGAUUGAGCUGUGUAAACUCCAGCCGGCCACCAUGCCCCAAGUCUUGGCUCAGGCUGUAGAACUGCUCUUUGACCGCAUUGACACCAUGAACGUCUGCUGCUUUGACAGGUUUGUCAACUGGUUUGGGUACCAUCUGAGUAACUUCCAGUUCAAGUGGUCGUGGGAUGACUGGCUCGAGUCGUCACAGCUAGAUCCCAUGCACCCAAGAGCCAAGUUUAUCAUUGAGGUGUUACAGAGAGCUAUGAGGUUAUCGUACCGCCAGAGAAUCGCAGAGGUUGUACCCGAGCAGUUCGAUUGUUUUGUACCACCCAAGCCAGAGCCGGUGUACAAGUAUGCUAAUGCUGAUGCCAGUGAUCUGCCAGGAGCCGACACUGCCCACAGGCUCGAGUCGGUAGUUCGGUCCAAGGGAACAUCCGUGGAAGUCCUGCAGGCACUGGGUGAGCUGCCUAACCCACUGAGGGAGAACGACGAGACAGACCCGCCUUAUAACCCGGUACAGAUACAAGUGUUCGUCCAGGCGAUCCUUCACCUAGGUGCUAAAAGUUUCUCCCACGCUUUUGCUGGAAUAUCUAAGUUUUUAAAGGUGUUUGAGUCAAUAGUGGGUAAUAACGAGGAAGCACAGAUCCUGGUGCUGCGGGAGAUGCACGAGGUAUGGGACCACCACCAGCAGAUGAUGGUGAUGCUGGUCGACAAGUUCCUCCGCACCCAGAUCGUGUCCUGUGCCAGCGUGGCCAACUGGAUAUUCAGCAAAGAAAUGAUGCCCGAGUUUACCAAGAACUACAUCUGGGAAAUCAUUCACGCAACCAUUCGCAAGAUGAACAAACACGUGGGACGGCUGCAGAAGGAAGUCACUGAUGCCCGGGAGCGUCGGACGGGCAACGACUCCGACGACUCGUCCUCGGAGGACGAAGAGCAGAGGCCAAGACCCAGCGAAGAGGAGAUAGAGAGGAUGGAGGAGAAGCUUGAAGCGGCUCAGGCUGAUCAGAAGAAUCUCUUCCUUAUCAUAUUUCAACGCUUUAUCAUGAUCCUCUCUGAGCAUCUGGUGAGGUGCGACACAGACGGCCGCGACUUCAACACACACUGGUACCGUUGGACUAUUGGCAGACUGCACCAGAUUUUCAUGAUGCACAACACACAAGUGGAGCGUUACAGUCAGACACUCAGUACACUGCUCUUCACCCAAGACCUGGAUCUCCAUAUUCUCGAUGCCUUUAACCAGUUUGUUGCUCUGCGUUCAUAAGUGCUGCUACUGUUGGUUUAGUAUUUCCCCCUUUCUCGUGUAAUCAUUCACUGGAUUAUUUACUUUACUACCGUUUAUCUGUCAUAUACGCAGACUAUGACUUGCACUACUGUAACGGAUAAGAUACUUUACCGUGGAGUGAUUGCUGAGGGUAACUAGUUAACAUUUGAUGAGGCUCCUUUGUGAGAGGUUUACCCAUGCUGUACAGUACUAGCUUUUUGAUGGGAUAUUCCUAAAGUACUGUACCGAUUGUUCACAUUUCUUACUGAUGGAUUUCAUAGCAGAUGGAUGUAUUUAGCAUUUCUUUACACAUAUGUAUACAUAAUAUAUAUCCUAUGGACAUAUAAACGUUUAUGCGUAAACUUAUUUAUAAUUUUAACUUAAAUCAAAUCAAUUUUUUGUCUGUUUGAUGCAUAGUAAUUCAUCUGUAAAUUUUAAUGUUAUGUGUGCAAUAAAUGCCUUAAGCCUCCAAAUAUAAUUACUGUUCACCAUGACCACUAUAUACCACAGGGGUUGUACAGUAUAGUGUUUAUUGAGAGUGAGACAGAUGGAGAUCAUUACGAGUUGAGGUGAAAGAGGUACAAGCUUGUGGGAAACUGUAAACACUGUAACCUGUUAACUGCCUAGUACUAUGACUCUCCCUCCACCUCUCCCACCCAACCCCUUCCUCCACCCGGCCUCUCCUCCAAACUCCUCCCACCCCUACCUCCCCUUUUGAGUACAUUAGCUUGUAUUUAAUUUAUUGUCUUGAUAUAUUCUUCCAUGUUUGAGAUACUUUAUUGUGAGACAAUUUCCUAAAAGUAUACUCAGAGGAACUUGGUCAAUAAUUUAGAAUUCGGCUAUGAAAGGGUUAUUUAGUCUAAGUAAUUAAAUAAACAUCCUCUUUUAUAAAAAAUUAGGCAAAGGAUUAUGUCAUCAAUAUUUAUUGCUUUAAUAUAUAAUGAUUUAUAUUUUAUCCCAAGUUAUUGAAUGUGUGUCAUGAUUUAGUAUUGUCUAUCGGUCCUCUGAUACACAUAUAUUAUUUUUGUUUUCACUUACUGUAACAGACAGUUCUAAGUUAUUCAUUGAUUGUUAACUUAUUGAGAAAUAUAUACAGUACACUCAAGUUAUUUUUUAUACACUUGAGUUAUUUAUAUAUAUACACUUAAGUUAUUUGUCUUGCAGGUAAGAAUAUCAAUAGCUUGUGAUAAUAAAAGUUCCUUUGUUAA